AUGUCUAGCGCUGAAGAUCGCGUCAACGCCCUCCGUGGCUACAAGGCUACCCUGAGCAACCCCAGAGUCUCAGAUAAAGCCAAGCAGCACGCUCAGAAUGUCAUUGACAACGAAUUGGGCGGCGAGAAAGUCCAUGAUGACUUUUACCAGAGACGGGGUGACGACCAGAAGGACCCUAACAGAGUCCAGGCUGGUUUGAAGGCUGCCACCCAUAACCCUGGAGUGACAGACGAGGGUAAACGCAGCGCUGCUGAGAAAUACAAGCAGCAGUUCGGUCAGGGUCCGGACGAGUGA